AUGGCGCUUGCUGCCCGCACUCUGCCACUUGCCAGUGCAUGGAGGGAGGGGGGGAAUUCUUGCACUGCGCUGACUGCUACCACUUGGCUGGUGCUGGCCGGCGCAAGCAUAGCAGCGCAGCAAGCCCCGCCAACACUGGGCAAGCCGGCAGCGGCAGGAGGUAAAGAGGGAAGGUGUCGAUUCAGUCAAAUGCUGCACCCUAUUUUUGAGGAAGCUUCCAAUGUUAUUAAGGAAGACUUUCCAAAUAAGAAUCAAGUUGUAUUUGCCAGAGUAGAUUGUGAUCAGCACUCUGAUAUCGCUCAAAGAUACAGGAUAAGCAAAUAUCCAACCCUAAAAUUGUUCCGAAAUGGAAUGAUGAUGAAGAGAGAAUAUCGGGGUCAGAGAUCAGUGACAGCAAUAGCAGAUUACAUCCGACAACAGAAAAGUAAUCCUGUUCAAGAAUUGCUAAGCUUGGAAGAAAUUAUCUCUCUUGAUCGCAGCAAAAGAAACAUUAUUGGAUAUUUUGAACAAAAAGACUCUGAUAAUUACAGGAUAUUUGAAAGAGUAGCAAAUAUUUUGCAUGAUGACUGUGUCUUCCUUGCUGCCUUUGGGUCUGUUUCUAAACCAGAACGAUUCAGUGGAGACAACAUAAUCUAUAAGCCACCUGGGGAAAAUGCUCCAGAUAUGGUUUACUUGGGUUCAAUGACGAAUUUUGACUUGGCUUAUGCAUGGACUCAAGAUAAAUGUGUUCCCCUUGUUCGUGAAAUUACAUUUGAGAACGGAGAGGAAUUGACAGAAGAAGGCCUUCCUUUUCUUAUACUAUUUCAUAUGAAAGAUGAUACAGAGAGUUUAGAAAAGUUCCAGCAGGAGGUUGCACGCCAGUUAAUAAGUGAAAAGGGUACUAUCAACUUUUUACAUGCUGAUUGUGAGAAGUUUAGACAUCCACUCCUCCACAUUCAAAAGACUCCAGCAGAUUGUCCUGUUAUUGCUAUUGACAGUUUUAAACACAUGUAUGUCUUCUCAGACUUCAGUGACUUGGCGGUUUCUGGCAAACUAAAGCAGUUUGUACUAGAUUUGCACUCAGGGAAACUGCACAGGGAAUUUCACCAUGGACCAGAUCCAACUGAUGUAGCACCUGGUCAGCCACUUCAAGAUAUAGUAAGCAGCCCACCUGAGAGUUCAUUCCAGAAGCUAGCACCCAGUGAACAUAGGUACACCUUAUUGCGGGAAAAAGAUGAACUCUGAAAACUUGAAACCAUCUCACAAAGCCUUUCAAACAACAGCAACAACUCCUGUGGGGUGGAAAUAGGAAACCUAUAUUUUCAUAUUCUAUGUAUUAUUAUUUUGUCUUUGUUCCCUGGGGUUUGUAAAUAUGUGUGGGCCAUUUUGGACAGCAUCUUUUCAAAGUUCUUAUUGCUGCAGAUUGUUCUGUAAAAAUUUUCUAAUCCAAAUGAAGGUGUUGUCAUUGCCAGCAACAUGCUGUUAACUUGCACUAUCCCAUUAAACAGAACGUUUCGGUUUCCACUGGUGUAAUCUGGUAGUAUGACUGCCUUAUAUUUCUCCUCCACAUGAAUCAACAUUCUUUUAAUUUGUUAUUGAAGGGAUAUUCUAGAUUCUUGGACGGGAAUAAAAUACAAUUUUACAGAA